UCAGAUCCGAAAGUGUCUAUCCCCUUUCUUUGGCCUAGAGGCACUUAUGGCCUCCCUAAGCCAAAAUCAGGAUGCCCGAAGGAGGAAAAAGGUUCUGGAUUUGUGUGGCACGAGGGAAGUCGUUAUCACGACACACCGACAUUUUUCCCCGUAAAUGAAUGGUCCAAUCCUUAUGACCUGGCUGGCUUUUACGGAAAGGAAAACGUGCGACCUUAUUUUUGUAUAAAAACCCAACAAGGAUCGUCCAAAUUCAGUCUUCCUUGGCCCAAAGGAGAAUACUGCAUUUUAAAGAAAGGAAAGUGUCCCUCAGGUAAGAACCUUUUAAUUAAGGCUAUUUCUAGUUCAUGGUGACCGAAUAUGAACUACUGAACCUGUCCUGACGUUUGAAAGGAAAGGAUCGUAGAAAGGCGAAAAUUUAGGAGCGCGAGGAAGCGACUAAAGAGGUCCUUCUUCUAGGGCUGAUUUGGCUCUUCUCCCUUUCGAAGCGCAUGCGCCUACUUCUCUUUCAUAAACGGUCGUUGCCAGUUUUAACCAUCUAUGUCACCAUUGGUAAUCAAGCCUUUAGUCAUGGUAGACUGAACAUAUUCUCUAGAUUUAAAUUACAAAAGUAUGUGGAAAUACACUUCUUAAUUUUUACGGUGGUGGCAGUUCCCGACGUUUGAAUUUUUGGCAAAUUGUGUAUGAUACAUUUUGAACUGACAAAAAUUAUGAGUAGCGCCUAGAGAUAGAUAGAUUGAUAGAUAGAUCAUAGUUAUUAGAGGAGACUGGUUAUGAAAAGCGGCAAACAUCAAUGAUAAGAACAACAGUGCUGCAGUUUAUGUUGGAAGUACCGUGAAAGUGCACAAUUUUUUGUUUUCUGUUGGCAAAUUGUUACGGAAUAAAUUAAUGCAACGUUUUUAUUGGUCACUACAAUCAAAAUGAUAGGAAUUCUUUUGAACGUUGUGCACUUUCAGGUCCACAAAAACAUAUAACAAAGGAGUCUGACGGGUUUCAUAACCAUUUCACUCAAUUAACUAUGGAUAGAUUGAUUGAUUGAUUGAUUGAUUGAUUGAUUGAUUGUGUCAAGGUCUUUAAAUAACUUAGCUAGGAAAGUUAAUCAAUGGGCUAGAGUUCUAGUUAAUCUUUACUGUUUUUCAUUAUGUUACAGGUUUUAAUGAGGGGUGGAUCUUCUUUGAUGACGCAGAUAGAAAAAACGCAAACGCUUACUGGGGGACGCUGCCAGAUGGCGAGUACGGGAAGGACACUAAAAUCUUCUACUGCUGCCGCUCGGAUGGAUUCGCCACUAAUGCCAUUUAUCUUCCCACGAGCUCUCCUUUUGUCCUGUUACAACAUGGCCUUCAGUGUCAGUAUGUUCAUGGCAUGAAUGUAAGAUAUGAGUUUUUCAAGUGGGACCUCGCUGAUAAAAACACGAGAUACCUGUCUUCAGGCUCUAUACCUCGUGUCAAACUAACGGAUCCACUAGUUGUUUUACCAGCGCUACGAAUGGUGAAAGGAAAAGACUUGAAACUUCAUUACUGUUAUUACUACAAAAAAUAA